GCGACUGUUUGCGGUUUCGUGUGUGUAGGCUGAAACACAGUCACAUAUGACAGGGCACAGCGGAACUGCAGGGCUGCAGGCGAGAAGAACACAGCCGCUUUUGACAUGUUUUAGGAAAAAUGUUUCACCUGGUUCCUUUCAGCCGUGUUGUUCACGGCUACGGACAAUGUCUGGCUUCACGUCGCUAACUGUUGUUCCAACGUGACCGACGAGACGAGUGCUGGUAGACACCACAGCGUUUCUGCAGAUAGGCUACCACACGCAAACUGACAGCACUUCUCACCCGAAGGACGAGCUGUGAAAGCCAGAGAAGGAGAAACGAUGGCGGGGCAAAACGACUGCUGUGUCAAAGUCUGUCUAAGGAUCCGGCCUCAGAUGGCGAAGGAGAAAAUCGAGGGCUGCCACAUCUGCACCUCAGUGACCCCAGGAGAGCCCCAAGUGUUGCUGGGCAAAGACAAGGCCUUCACUUAUGACUUCGUGUUCGACAUAGAUGUCCAGCAGCAGCAGAUCUAUGGUGCCUGCGUCCACAAGCUCAUCGAGGGCUGUUUCGAAGGAUACAAUGCUACAGUCUUUGCCUAUGGCCAGACGGGUUCAGGGAAGACGUACACAAUGGGCACAGGCUUUGACGUGACUGUGGGCGAGGAAGAACAGGGUAUCAUCCCACGUGCUGUGCGCCAGCUUUUCCAGGGCAUUCAGCGACGGCAGCUGGAGGCUCAGGAACGUGGCACACACCCGCCGGAGUUCAAAGUCAGCGCCCAGUUCCUCGAGCUCUAUAAUGAGGAGAUCCUGGACCUGUUUGACAGCGCACGUGAUCCUGAGGCUCGAGGCAGGAAGUCCAACAUUAAGAUCCACGAAGAUGGAAGUGGCGGCAUCUACACCUCAGGAGUGACCUCACGCCUGGUUAGCUCAGAGGAAGAGCUCCUCCAGUGCCUGAAACUUGGCGCUCUGUCUCGGACCACCGCCAGCACACAGAUGAACGCGCAGAGUUCCCGCUCUCAUGCUAUCUUCACCAUCCACUUGUGCCAGAUGAGAAUGUGUCCCCAGCCCCAUCUGGUGAAUGGGUCCGUAAAUGCUGAGGAGAAUGGAGUGGCUGAUGGCUCCGUUUCCCAGUCUGAGUAUGAGACCUUAACCGCCAAGUUUCAUUUUGUGGACCUGGCCGGAUCGGAGCGGCUCAAACGCACAGGAGCCACGGGAGAACGGGCGCGAGAAGGCAUCUCCAUCAACUGUGGCCUGCUGGCACUGGGUAAUGUGAUCAGUGCACUGGGAGAUCAGAGUAAGAAGGCUGGUCAUGUGCCUUACAGAGACUCCAAACUCACUCGCCUGUUGCAGGACUCACUGGGGGGGAACAGUCGAACAGUGAUGAUCGCUUGCGUCAGCCCCUCAGACCGGGACUUCAUGGAAACAUUGAACACACUGAAGUACGCUAACCGGGCGCGCAACAUCAAGAAUAAGGUGGUGGUGAACCAGGACAAGACCAGUCAGCAGAUUAGCGCCUUGAGAGCUGAAAUCGCCCGCCUGCAGAUGGAGCUCAUGGAGUACAAAGCGGGAAAACGUGUGGCCUGUGAGGAUGGCUCAGAAGGUUUCAGCGACCUGUUCCAGGAGAACUCCAUGCUGCAGAAGGAGAACGAUACUUUGCGGAUGCGCGUGAAGGCCAUGCAGGAGACCAUCGACCACCUCAACACCAGAGUCACUCAGCUUCUCACCAAUGAGAUCAACCUGCUGCUCACCAAGACAGGUGAGACUAAUGAGGAGAUUGGUAAUCUGAUUCAAAACUACAUCAGAGAGAUUGAAGAACUCAGGUCUAAGCUGUUGGAGAGUGAGGCGAUGAAUGAAUCCUUGAGACGCAGUGUGUCUCGUCUCUCUGCUCGCUCUCCUUACCCUCCCUCCCAUGCCUCCGCCCCUGGGCUCCCGCUGGGUUCCUCCCCCUCCGUUUCCAUGGAGGCAGAGAUGACGGAUGUGAUUCGUCGAGCCAAGUUGGACAUCGAGAGACUGAAGAAGAAGGAGAGGAAUCAGAGGCGCAAGAGUCCAGAGAGGGAGAAGGGCGUGAAGAAGAGAGCGAAGCUUCAGGCUCAGGAGAACGAGCAGAAUGGAGAGAGCGUCCUGAGCAGAGAAAAUGGAGAUGGCGACUCUGAUAAUGAGCCUGAAGUAGAUGGCAUGUACCCUCUUCCUGAGGAGGAGAGUGGCUGUGAUGAAGAUGAGGAGGAUGAGGAAGAAGAGAUCAGAGAGGAAGAAGAGUUUGACAGUGAUGAGAGUCUGGUGGACUCUGACUCUGACUCCGAUGAAAAAGCUAACUUUCAAGCGGACUUGGCAGACUUGACGUGUGAAAUAGAGAUCAAACAGAGGCUGAUCGACGAGCUGGAGAACAGCCAGCGGCGGCUGCUGACUCUGAAGCUCCAGUACGAGGAGAAGCUCAUCCUACUUCAGAACAAGAUCCGGGACACACAGCUGGAGAGAGACCGUGUAUUGCAAAACCUCAUGUCCAUGGAAAACUACACAGAAGAGAAGGCCAACAGCAUCAAAGCAGAGUAUGAGAAGCGCUUGAAGGAGAUGAACAGGGAUCUGGUAAAGCUGCAGGCCGCACAGAAAGAGCACGCUCGCCUACUGAAGAACCAGGGCCGCUAUGAGAGAGAGCUCAAGAAACUGCAGGCUGAGGUGGCGGAGAUGAAGAAAGCCAAGGUGGCGCUGAUGAAGCAGAUGAAAGAGGAGCAGCAGAGGAGGAGGAUGAUUGAGGCCAAGAGGAACAGAGAGAUCGCUCAGCUCAAGAAGGAACAGCGACGGCAGGAGUAUCAGAUCCGUGCACUUGAGUCGCAGAAACGGCAGCAGGAGAUUGUUCUGCGGAGGAAGACUCAGGAGGUGACAGCCCUGCGGAGGCUCGCUAAGCCCAUGUCUGAGCGCGUGGCCGGCCGUGUGUCCCGCCGGCAGCCCAGCCUUGACUCUGGAGCCGAGCUGUCUGCCAGCACUACCACCACCUCAUCUGAGCCUGAAUCUAGCCGCUCUGUCUCUAGCAUCGUGCGCCAGUGGAACUCCAAACUUAAUGGCUACCUGGGAGAGAGCGAGGGCAGCAGGGGAGGGUCUCGGCUGGCCAGCAGCAGGAAAAAGUUCCAGAGAAAGGGUGUGAGCAGCAGCUUCUCAAAGACGGCACGGCAGAAAUGGCAAGCUCUGGAGAGGAGGGUCAUGGACAUAGUGAUGCAGAGGAUGACCAUUGCCAAUAUGGAGGCUGACAUGGACCGCCUUAUAAAGAAACGGGAGGAGCUGUCCAUGCAGCAGGAGGCGCUGUUGCGUAAGAGAGAGAAACUCUUAAGUGAGGGGCCCGGGGAGGAGGAAGAUGAGAGAGUUGUUCAAGAGAUGAAUGAAGAAAUUGAGGUGCUCAACGCCAACAUCGACUACAUCAACGACAGCCUGUCAGACUGCCAGGCCACCAUUGUACAGAUUGAGGAGACCAAGGAUGAGCUGGACUCAGUGGACACCUCUGUUGUCAUCAGCUCCUGCUCCCUGGCUGAAGCUCGCCACCUUCUGGACCACUUUCUGAAGGCCUCUAUAGACAAGAACUUGCAGGUGGCUCAGAAAGAGGCCCAGAUCAGACUGCUGGAGGGGCAGCUGCGUCAGACUGAUGUGAUUGGCUCUUCCCAGAAUCACAUGAUCCUGGAUGCCUUGAGAGAGAAGGCAGAGUGUAUCCCAGAGUUACAAGCUCUCAUUCACAAUGUCCAACAGGAGAACGGCUAUGCCAGCACAGAUGAGGAGGUGUCAGAGUUCAGCCAGGCCUCAGAGACCAGUUACUCCCAAAUGAAGUCUUCAGCUAGUCAAGAUGACUUCAAGCUCAAGGCUGAACCUCGCAUCUCUGGACAAAUGAAGGCAGUGUCAGCCGAAUACUUAGGCCCCAUUCUCGACUACACAACCAAGAACAUCACCAAGUCUCUGGCGUCUCUUUCUGAGAUCCAUGAAAAUGGUUUGGGCUUUACUCUCCGCGAGCCCUACAGAGAAAGUGUGUCCCGCACAAUCAGCCUGCCGGUUCGAGGACACACAUUUCCCAGGCAGUCCAGAGUCUCAGACACGUCAUCUCCACUGACCAGGAGGCAGUCUUACGACAGGAGCCAGUACAGGCCUUCUGAAGUGAUCUACACACCUCCUUCCUCCCCUCCUCUUCGUACCCGAAAUGACCGCAAUGUUUUCUCCCGCCUUACCAGCAACCAGAGCCAAGGGUCUGCACUGGACAAGUCUGAUGACAGCGACUCCUCUCUGUCGGAGGUGCUCAGGGGGGUGAUCAGUCCCAUAGCCGGACUGAAGGGGGGCAGGACAGCUCCUCUGCAGUGUGUGGCUAUGGCCGAGGGACACUCUAAGCCUGUGCUGUGCCUGGACGCCACUGAUGAGCUGCUUUUCACUGGAUCCAAAGAUCGCACCUGUAAGAUGUGGAACCUGGUGACAGGGCAGGAGAUAGUCACGCUGAGGGGACACCCCAACAACGUGGUGUCUGUCAAAUACUGCAGCAGCUCCGGCCUAGUCUUCACCGUCUCCACUUCUUACAUCAAAGUGUGGGACAUCCGUGACUCAGCCAAGUGUGUGCGCACCUUCACUUCCUCGGGUCAAGUGGUGUCAGGAGACGCCUGCGCGGGCACCACCACCCGCACUAUCACUACGGCCCAGGGUGAGUACCAGAUCAACCAGAUCGCCCUGAACCCCGCUGGCUCUGUGCUCUAUGCUGCAGCAGGCAACACAGUGAGGACCUGGGACUUGAACAGGAUGCUGGCCACUGGGAAGCUGACAGGCCACAUUGGCUCAGUCAUGUGUCUAACAGUAGGCUAUUCUGGUGGUGGCAAAGACCAGGUCAUCACCGGCUCUAAAGACCAUUAUGUGAAGGUGUUUGACGUGGCAGAGGGUGCUCAGGGGAACAUUGGCCCCGCCCACAACUUUGAGCCUCCUCACUAUGACGGCAUUGAGUGCCUGGCCGUCCACGGUGAUGUUCUCUUUAGUGGCUCCCGUGACAAUGGCAUUAAGAAGUGGGAUCUGGAGCAGCAGGAACUGAUUCAGCAAAUCCCAAAUGCGCAUAAGGACUGGGUGUGCGCGCUGGCAUACGUACCUGGGCGGCCCAUGCUGCUAAGCGCCUGCCGUGGGGGCAUGCUUAAGGUGUGGAAUGUGGACAACUUUACCCCUAUUGGAGAGAUCAAAGGUCACGACAGCCCCAUCAAUGCCAUCUGCACCAACUCCAAACAAAUCUUCACUGCCUCCAGUGACAGAAUGGUGAAGAUCUGGAAUCUGAGGAUGGCAAAGAAGAGGUGACAAUUGGUGGGCUGUAAAGAUGGUCCUCUACGUUCCCUUAUCUUGGGCUGCUGACGCAUUGGUCACUACCAGUCUGGAGCCUCCUUGGCCUCUGAGGUCAGAGGUCGCAUUCAGUUGCGGCAGACGCGAGCCCACAAGGAGGUGAUCCAAUGGAAGAACGUUCGUGAGAAGUUGAAGGCAAUAGUGAAUCUAAGGUGCCAGUUUUUUUCCGUCCAUGAUUUUUUUAAGGCGCCGUAUUGGUAUUUUCGACUUCACACCAAAUGAUGAGCGUAUGUUGAGUCGUUUCAUACCGCAUACAUUUACAGAAAGUGUCCUUCUGUGCUCUUCAUUUUUUGAAGGAAAAGACAAAAUCCUUGUCACAUCUUUAGAUGUAGCUGCUGAUACUCCUUUUGUUUGUUUUUUUGUUUAUUUAUUAUUUCAUGAAUGAAAAACAAUCCACGAUAAAGGCCUUGGGAAGCCACUUCUGAGCCAAGUGGUGGGGGGAAAACACUUUCAUUUUUACCCCCUGGAGAGCCAUAUGUUUUUGGUCUUUUGUUGACUGAAUUUCGAGACUGUCUCAUAGUUAAUAAGCAUCCAAAACACUUUCUCUAAGGAAGAGAAAUGUUGAUUCUUCUUUUUUACCAUCUGUUGGAGGAUCAUUGGAGUAUAACUACUGGGUAUGACUGGGUACAAAUGCGACUGUUCGGAACCCAAUUCUGAAACCUGUAUUGUGCAAUAGUAUUGGCACACUCACCCACCAUCAUCUUCUCUCCAGAAAGUGUAUUUUGGACAUUCUUUGAAAAUCUACUCUGGACUUCAUUACAGUUUGGUGUCUUCUUACCCUUAACAAAACUUUGUACAGCUUCACAACUGUGGAUCCACUUCCUCUCCUUUCACAGAACAUACUCUCUCUGUGGUUUCUCCUGUGCUGUGACGUUUUUAUGUUCUCUACCUCAGGUUUAAAUUAGUUUUUGGGGUGUAAAACCCUCGCCGUUUGCGUUUUGGGGCCCUAGCUCACAUCCGUUUCCCUGUCUCGUUAUUACUCAUCUGUGAAUAGAGCACUCCCUGAGCUCCGCGAGCCCCAUAUCCACACGCUGCUGAGCAGGCAGUUUGAGAGGACGACUCCAAUAAGCCCGGGCCAGCAGGGGCCCGCAGUGUGUAGUAAAACUGGCACUUUGCUCUAAUGAAGGCUGCGGUGCUUAAGCAGGCAGAAUGAGACUCACCAGUCAAAGGGGUUUAAAGGGGGGUUGGACCUAGUGCCCACUGAGAAUCAGUGUGCUUGAUAGCUUUCUUCUGAUACAGCUAAGACUGGGGGUGCUCCAUUUGGUGCAGCACUGGUGCAGUGAUGCUGGAAUUGGAUUCCACAAGAGACAGAUAAGCUCAUCUUGAUGUUUCUGCUUUGCUGGGUUGUUGAUUGAUUAACAAACAAAAACCACAACAUGGUGCACCAACUAAUGACUAUGCUUGAAUUAUCUCUAAAGAUAAAAGACUGCAACAAGAUGUUAGAUGUAAUCUAACAUUAACCUAAGGUGAUUUCCGAGGCUGACCAUUAUUAAUUAAUCUUAUAUUUGCGCACAGUAUUCAAAAUAUCACACGGCCUAUGCUAUGUACUGUAACAUGCUAACUAGGGAUGUAAAUUAUUAACUGUUAAUCCACAAACAAUGCUUUUAUUUUAAAAAAUGCAUUGUUUUAUUUCAUAUAAUUUCCAAAACACAACAGUUCUUAUGUGAAUAAGUGGGUUUAUCAUUUAAGCUGAGGAACAUUUUUAAUUAUGCGCAUGAGGGUGCAAUAGGCAGUUGUGCCCACUAGUUAGGUGUACUAAAAUUGAAGUGCAGCUAAAAAUAAUGGUGUUUGAGAACACUUUUCAAGAGGACGAUAGCACAACUCAAAUGAUGUACCAUAUCGAAGGCAAACAUCUGCAAGCUGUCCUCCAAGAGAAAGUGUGAUGGCUGGCAGUGUGAGCAAAUCACACAUGGGUCAGCAAAAUUAUAAAGAAGGACAUAGUGGACAGUGACAACUAAAUAGAGCUAGUGAGGUACAUUGUGAUAAAGCUGGCCCUGGUCAGGGCAUUCAUGUUCCUUUAACUUGAGGUAGUGAUGAGUGGUAAAUGUAACUUUUGAAUUUUAGAAUAUGGAUUUUUCAUUUUGCCUUUAGUUUUUAAUCAUGUAAUCAUGAGCGUUUAGUUGUCAGCCCUUCGGUUUAAACAAGAGCAAAAUCUUAUACAGAGUAUGUUUAAUACAGUUACUUCAGAUAAAUGCUGAUGCCUGGCCCCACUUAUAUAUAAUGCGUUUGACGCUCAGCCAAUCAGAUUUCAGACACGGAACUAUCCAUUUUCUAAUUGAUAUUUUGAUAGGUUGCACCAUUGAUUUUAGACUUGACUGUUAAUGGUCAGUCGCCGACUAAUGAUGGUCAGUUAUCAGUCAAAACAUGUUUGCUGCACAUGUACUGUUAAAAGAACAUUCUGUGUUCAGCUGAUUAAGCGACUGUUAGUUCUUGUGUUGCCAUAUAACAGGAUAGUGUGAAACCCCCAAAGGUAUUUGCAUCCGUUUUCUUUGUGUUAGGUAUUUUCCCAGCCAUGAACUGAUCAAUUCUCAAAACAAGAUAAAGAAGCACACACUGGGCUAAUGAAAACAUAGCCUGCCUCCUCGGGGAAUGCUACCAAAAUCUAAAGAAUCUAUUUUUAUGAAUAUUGAUUUUCCACUCUGCAAGGCGUUAUGAAGAUUUUUUUUUCCACAACAGAAACCAAGCAAUGGCAGAACAUCAAAUGCUUUGGGAUGCCUUUUGGGCAGUGCCCCAUCUACACAGCGAUUGAUAUUUGUGACUUCAUGUGGAAUUAUCUUGUAGGAUCCAUCCCAAUUACUGCACUGUUUCUUCUCCCCUGGUAAAACACCCAAUAAUAUGCAGAAACAGAGUGAUGAGAAGUAGGUCAGAUACAGGGAUGUUUUUUCUUUACCCUCCUGAAAAAACAGGAGUUUCACUCCUUAUUAAAUGAAACAGGAAGCCGCCUCCCCGGUGCUGGAGGAGCAGCAUGCCUGAUGGGGGUAUGUGGGCGAUGGCGGGGUUCAUCUUGGCACAACACUAAUACACGCGUGUAUUUUUAGACCAUCAAUCAUUCUCUUCCAGGGCUGUGCUCUCCUCUCAGCCCCCAGAUUUACUGUCUUUUUUAAUGAAACAUAUUUAUCACCCUAAUCUGCCCAUCUUUUUUUUCCUGGGCGGCCCCUGGCGGCUCUAUAUCUGUAGUAGCAGCUGUCUGUGGGUGCUCCCGCUGUCAGACCCGAGCUCUGAUUUCCAGUGCUGAGGGAUGGAUUUGCUCUGCUAAAAGCCCAGCAGCGUGGAUGACUGCACCUCAAGUGGUGUUUAAGGAUGGAAGCUGGUGUCCCACUAAAACUGCACAGAUUUUUGCUCCCCUCCCCCCACGUACUCAAUAUGAUAAUACACUGAAAAAGUGAUGCAUUAAAUUGAUUUACAUGAUUUCCACAUGAAUAAAAUAUAUUACACAAUUUUGCCUUUUACUUACUUUGGGCAAUAGUUGUGUUGAUGUAGCGUUUUUUUAUUCAUGUACAAAUGUGCCCAUUGAAAUCAUGUAAAUUUGAUGCAUUGCUUUUUUCAGUAGUUAAGCAUGACUCAGAGUUUGUCAUAAUGCUACAUUCUUAAGAAUAAAGAUGGUAGAAAUGCUUCUGGGGAGUGAUUCCACAGAAGAUCACUUUUUCUUCCCAGAAGAGCCUUUCAGUGGACGGUUCUUUAAAGAAACAUUUCUGUAAAUGAGAUGUGAGUGUGAGGAACCUUUGAAGAAUCUCCACAUGAUGUAAAAUGAAAGGUUUUUGCUAGAAAUGUACAUCCAAGACAAGAACCAUUAAGAAAUCUAUAAUUUUAGUUUUACAAGUUUUACAAUCUAUAAGUUUAUUUUAUAAUCUAAGUUUACCAUCACUAUCCUGUUUCCAUUCCACGAUUAUGUUGUUUUGUUCUUUUUCCACCAGAGAAGCUAUUAUGUGAAGCUGCUAUCAGUCUUUCCAAGCUACUCCAAAAUGGUUGAUAUGAAAACAUAAUAUAUAGUGUGAUAUGAGGCCUAAAAAGUCUCUGUGGUAAGUGCAUAGUGUUGAUGGUGUUCACUCUGAUCUAACUAACUGUUAACUAACUGCUGCAUCAUCUCAUACUCAGUAAUGACAAUGAGAUCCUUUUGAAACCUUGAGAAGUAAUUAAGAACAUAAGAGGUAUAAGAAUAGCCGUCUAUGUAUAGUCUUGUAUUGCUGUCUGGAGGCUAUUAUUCUAAGUAGGCACUAGGCAGUGUGAGUUCUUCCCCCUGCCAAAGCACACUCUUCAAAGCUAUAUAUAUCUAAAGUUUAAACUUUAUAUACAGUACUGUGCAAAAUCAGAGACCUUCGUUUAUUCAAUUUCAAGUCAAAACAGUUAUUAAGUACAAGUUAUUCUUGAAUUCAAGUAUUUUUGAGAUGAUUAGAUAUAAACUUGGAUAAGGAAAGGAGAUGUCAAAGCUUUCAGAACUAGAAUUAAAAAAAAAAUCACAAAUGUGCCAAACCUGAUAGACCACCAAAACUGUCACCUUCAGAUAAACAGUACUACAGUAAAGCUUUGAUCUUUGAAAGAGAGGAGAAAAUCUAGCUCCUUUCUUGCUUCAGAUCUUAAAAAUCCGCUGAUAUUUCUGUCCAUCAUUGCACUGUGAGAUGACAGCUCAACGUUGUGAGUCUUAAAAGGAUGUAGCUGUCAAGAAGCUUUUCAUAGGAAAAGGAAAUAAACAAAAGGAAGAAAUUUUGAAGACAAAGAAGAAAGAAAAGAAGCUGCUGGUGUUCUCAGAACGAUGGACUGACCGCUCCAGAGCCCAGACCCCAACUUCAUUGAACUGAAAUAUGUUUUGCAUUACUUGAAUUGUGAGAAGUAGAAAUUGCAACCAACUUCCAAGACUGAACUUUGGAGGUGUGGAAGAAGAAUGGAAGCUGUUAUAAAGGUGGCAAAAGGUGGACACACUAAAUAUAACAUAUAUG